AUGAGUGCGGACGAUCUUAGUACGCUGCUCUCUGUUGAGUUCGAAGUUUUCGGACAAGUGCAAGGAUGUUUCUUCACUAAAUACUGCAAAGACCUAGCAUUGCAGCUCGGUAUCACCGGCUGGGUGAAGAACACAAAAAAGGGCACAAUUGUUGGAAAAUUGCAAGGAAGGAAGGCAGAGUUGGAUCAAAUGAUCGACUGGCUUAGCAACACCGGCUCACCUGGCUGCAAGAUAGAGAGAUGCGAACUUUCCAACUUGAUCUACUCGUGA